GGCAAUGCAAAAGUUGGAAAGACAAGAGCGCGUGGAAAGGAAGGAAAGCAAUCUUAACUCUCCAUAUCAAAUAUUCCCAUCAACACCAAACUUCAACAUUCUCAAGAAGCUAAGGAGCCCCUUCCCUUUCAUGCAUAGUGACUUCACCUUGGAGACAAUCAUCCUUUACACACAACUACAAUUGGCUUUCCCCUGCAUGCACUUUUCUCUCCCAAAAGGACCACAUUCCCAUCUUAACUUUAUCUAUAUAUAGUAAACAAAUGAAACCAAGUUGAAGACAGGCAAAGAAAAAAACAAAAGCCUUGUGAUCAUGGACGUCUCUUAUUCAUGCAACGACAACGCACCCGAGAUUGUUUUCUUCGAUUUGGAAACAACAGUGCCCAAAAGGAGUGGAGAGCGUUUCUGGGUCCUCGAGUUUGGUGCCAUUGUAGUCACCCCUCACAAACUCACUGAGAUUGAGAGCUACACCACGUUGAUAAGACCCAAAGACCUAUCUGUAGUUUCUGUAAAAUCCACCAGAAGUGAUGGAAUAACUCGUAAAGCUGUUGAAAACGCACCAUGUUUUGAAGAUGUUGCAGACAGAAUAUUCAGUAUCUUAAAUGGAAGGGUGUGGGCGGGGCAUAACAUCCAGAGAUUCGACUGUGUCAGAAUCAAAGAGGCCUUUCAUGAUAUCAAUAGGCCAGUACCUGUACCCGUUGGAAUCAUUGAUUCGUUGGGGGUCCUAACUGAGAAAUUCGGAAGAAGAGCUGGUAAUAUGAAGAUGGCAACACUGGCUUCUUAUUUUGGCCUUGGUCAACAAAAGCACAGGAGCCUAGAUGAUGUUCGCAUGAACUUGGAGGUGCUUAAGCACUGUGCAACGGUGUUGUUUCUGGAAUCUAGUCUACCAAACACAUUGCAUGGCAAGUGGUAUGGAUCUCCCAGCGUUAUGACAAGAAGCAGAAGCAAUGGGAAAUCUCCUUGCAAGGAAGAGAGUAGCAGAAAAUCUCCUCCAACUUCAUUUGGAUAUCAGAGAACAGUACCCUAUGCUAGGGGAAGUUUGGGAAAGGUGACUGAAAGAGUGAAGGGAUUGCUGUGUAAGGCACAAGGGCAACCACCACUUCAACAACUACUCAAGCAUUCUCAUUCAUUACUAAGAUGAAAAGAAUUGACAAAAUGGAUGCCGGACACCCGAAAAAAGGCCUUGGCGAUUAGGAAGAGAAAGGUCUCGCGUUUUGUUGAGUUGGCAUAUUGAAACUUGAAAGGAAGAUAUGCAUGCACAAGAUGCUUCAAUGUUUUUUUGGGACACAUCUGAUAUUGUGUCAUGAUUCUAAAGCUCCAAAAAGAAACUUAGUGGCAGCCCAAAUUCAUGUGUUUACUUCAAUUAAUUCAUUUGUGUAUAAUUCAGAUUCGGAUUCUUGAAGCACAUAUACUUCAAGUACUUGUAAAUGAAAUCAAAAUAAUGAACAGUGCCGUCAAUAUAACGAGUUUCAUAGACAAACUUGGAUUUUCCGUUCCAUAAUCACAAAUAUUUGUUGAUUAAAAGUUUGUUUGUUAUUCGGAGAUAGCAAACCAAAACUAAAAUGCUGAUUUUUGUAGGCUUAAACUAUUACUAGAUGAAAUUAGAGGAAUA